UUGUGAUUUCUGAACACACUUUCAUCAACUCUUUCACAACCUCACGCUUUAUAUACUCUCUCUCUCCUCAUCGCUAAAACCUCUUUUCCUUUCUCUCUCUUCUGCUUCACUCUCUCUCUCUACCGGAGCCCGCCAAACGACGUCGUUCGCCCGGCGUGGUUCCGCCAUAGGAGUUUCCUUUCUUCAACCUUAAGGGUGUUGGAGAAGUAUACUAUAUCAAUAUUAAAUGGCUAUUUCACCUUGUGGAACUACAUGGACUGCUCAAUGGGGCGUUCGUCCGGUACUUAUGUCAAGGCAUUCUUUGGAAAACAAGUUUGCAACAUUUUCAAGUUGUGGACCAAGCAAGAUAAGAGCAAUUCAAUCCCUAAGCUCGAGCAUGUUUUCCCCGGAACCAAUGCAUUUGCUAUUUAAUGUGAGUUCAGCUCGAAGUCCAUGCUAUAAAAGGGGUUUCCGUUUCAUUGUGAAGGCUGAGUCGGACUUCUACUCGGUCCUAGGAGUAUCACGAAAUGCCAGCAAAUCAGAAAUAAAAAGUGCUUAUCGGAAGCUUGCAAGGAGUUGCCAUCCUGAUGUCAACAAAGAGCCAGGAGCAGAGCAGAAAUUCAAGGAUAUUAGUAAUGCUUAUGAGGUCUUGUCAGAUGAUGAGAAACGGUCAAUAUAUGACAGAUAUGGGGAGGCAGGCCUAAAAGGAGGUGGCCCUGGGGAUUUUACCAAUCCCUUCGAUCUUUUCGAGUCUAUAUUUGACCUUGGUGGUAUGGGAAUGGGGGGAAUGGGAGGAAGAGGUUCAAGAAACAGGGCAACAGAAGGUGAAGACCAGGUUUACAAUCUGGUAUUAAAUUUUAAAGAAGCCAUAUUCGGUAUUGAGAAGGAUAUUGACAUUAGUCGUCUAGAGACUUGUGGUACUUGCAAUGGAUCAGGGGCCAAACCUGGUACUCAGCCAACCAAAUGCAGCACAUGUGGUGGCCAAGGACAAGUCAUCUCUGCAGCGCGUACUCCCCUUGGUGUGUUUCAACAGGUGUCCACUUGCUCGGCCUGUGGUGGGACAGGGGAAAACUCGACUCCGUGUAAUACCUGUAAUGGCGAUGGGAGGGUAAGAAAGUCAAAGCGGAUUAGCCUGAAGGUCCCUGCUGGUGUUGAUGCCGGCAGUCGGCUGAGAGUUCGAGGAGAGGGUAAUGCGGGAAGGAGAGGUGGCCCACCAGGAGACCUCUUUGUUGCCAUUGAUGUCAUCCCUGAUCCCGUGUUGAAACGAGACGAUACAAAUAUUCUCUAUUCUUGCAAAGUUACUUACAUUGAUGCCAUCCUCGGGACAACAAUGAAAGUCCCAACAGUUGACGGGACCGUUGAUCUGAAAAUACCUGCUGGCACACAACCUGGGACGACUUUGGUGAUGGCGAAGAAAGGUGUGCCACUGUUGAACAAGCCUAACAUUAGAGGGGAUCAGUUGGUGAGAGUGCAAGUUGAAAUUCCGAAAAGGCUUAGCGACGAUGAAAGGAAGCUUGUUGAGGAACUUUCUAAUCUAAACAAGGCUAAGGCUCCCAACAGUGCAGGUAGAAGAUAGCGCAUCAGCUGAGUCAGAGAAGGUAUUCUCUCUUGCUGAUGAUGUUUUUGCUUGGUUUCCCUCUUUGAUUGGUCUCAUGUUAGCUAUACAAACCCUGAAUUUUUCUCCCCAUGCCCCAGUUCUUAGCUGAAGUAGUAGGAAUAGGGAUAUAUCCAGAGUCAGAUUUUGUUGUAUGUAUUAUACGAAGUUAUUGAAAAAGGAAACAACUUAGGCAUUAUUUCCCAUCUUUCUUAUGUCUCAAUAAAAUUGCAUUUUUUUGAGUUUGCUGGGAAAAUUGUAAAUCGUUGGAGCGAUUAGCCGUUUGGACACUUGUGUAGGGUAUUUUUUUGGGCCAACAAGAGUAGCGAAUAUUGACAUUUUAUAUAUUUAUGGUUCUGGACGGAUGAACUUAUUCUCAUCCUUCUAAUUUCUUUA